UUCAUCCCCCAUGUCUGCUUCUUUCCUUCUAUAAUUCUUCAUUGCUCUCAAUUAUCAAUGGCUCCCCAAACCAUUUCCAUUCUCAACCUCUUACCAGAACCUGAUGUCUUCAUUCACACUUCCCAUGGAACACGCAUUCCAGCCCACGCACCCAUUCUGGCUUCUAUGUCCCCGGUUCUGGAGAACUUGAUAGAUCGCCCACGUAAGCAUCGGAGCUCCGAGAGAAUAAUCCAAAUCCACGGCGUCCCCUGCGACGCUGUCACCGCCUUCGUCCGAUUCCUCUACUCCUCCAGGUGUACGGAGGAAGAGAUUGACCAGUACGGGAUGCACCUCCUUGCAUUGUCCCACGUGUACAUGGUGCAGCAACUGAAACAGAGGUGCAUCAAGGGUUUGACCCACCGUUUGACGACGGAGAGCGUCGUCGACGUGCUGCAACUCGCGCGUCUCUGCGACGCGCCGGAUCUCCACCUCCGCUGCAUGAAGCUCCUCGCCAAGAAUUUCAAGGCGGUGGAAGCAACCGAGGGAUGGAAGUUCCUCGUGAAACACGACCCCUGGCUCGAACUCGACAUUCUCCGCUUCAUCGACGAACACGAAACAAGGAAAAAGAAAUCGAGGAGGUAUAGGAUGGAACAGGGGAUAUACGCGGAGCUGAGCGAGGCGAUGGAGUGUUUGGAACACAUAUGCUAUGAGGGGUGCACCCACGUUGGACCGUACGACGCGGAGGUGAAGAGGGAGAGGACGCCGUGUGGGAGAUUCGCCACGUGCCAGGGUCUUCAGGUUCUGAUCCGCCACUUUGCCACGUGCGAGAAGAAGGUGCGCGGUGGCUGCGUGCGGUGCAAGAGAAUGUGGCAGCUCUUUCGACUCCAUUCCUAUGUUUGUCACGACACCGAUUCCUCCUGCAAGGUUCCCUUUUGCAGGCAAUUUCAAUUGAGAAUGCAGCAAGAGAAAAGGAAAGAUGAUGCUAAGUGGAAACUACUAGCGAGGAAGGUGGCCUCAGCCAAAGUCAUGUCUUCAUUGUCACUGCCAAAGAGGAAGCGAGAUGAAGAAACAAGAGUGACGAUGGACAAUCCCGGGAUUAGAAGUUUUAAAUUACUAUGAAUAUUCUUAUAAAUAAUGAUGUAUAGGACGGUGUGUUCCGUGUUAGAUACUUGAUAGAGCAGUUUCUAUAGGGAGAGAGUAUUCUGCUUGCCGGUUUGUUCUGUGUAAAAGCAGGGUUUUUGAUGGUGUGAACUUCUUGUACUUGGCUCUUUUACUUGAGAAAAUGGUAAAUUGAGUGGUACCUUGAAAGUUGUAACGGUAAAUUUUGUUUGUUUGAACCUCAUUUUGCGUUGUCUGAGCAUUUGAGAAUAUUGUAAAGCUAGUGUUCAAUUUGAUGAAUUAUUUGUGUAGAAUAUUCAAAUAUUCAUUUUAAAUAGUUAUA